AUGAAGGAUUUCAUGCAGAUAAAAAGAUUAGGUUUGUGGAAUGGGUAUCACAGGAAAUUGGAAACUUGUAAAAACUUUUUUGUUUCCAUCAACAAAAUUGGGGUGUCAGAAAAUUUUAACUACAGUUCCAAGCUAGCUAAUCCAGCUUAUAAGCAGACCAAACCAAUAUUAGAAAUAAAUAAAAAUGAGAGAAAUAAAAACAAUAUAAAUCGAUCUAAAAAUGGGAAUGAUAAUUAUGACCAUGUUAUACCAGAUGGAAAUGAUGAAUUUUAUGAAUUAAUAAAAAAAAGUUUUAAAGAAAAAAAAAAUGAUUUAGGUUUAUGGAAUAUUUAUUGUCGUGAAAUUAUGUAUAGAAUAAAUGAAAACAAUCUAAGUCCAAAAAUAAUUACAAAUUCAUUAACUUUAUUAUCAUAUACGGAAUAUGAAAAUAAUCGAAUUUUUAUUGAAAUAAUAAAUAGAUGUAUUCUUAGACUUAAAGAUUUUGAUCUAAUUCAUAUAUGCUCUAUAGUAAAUUUCUUAUGCAAAAGGAAUUUAAAAAGUAUAUAUUUAUUACAAGAAAUUCAAAAAAGAAUAAUAAAUGAAGACAAGAUUGAAUUUUUUGAUAAACCCUCAUCUCCACAUUAUAUAAGUCUUUUAAUAAAUUCGUUGAUAAAGUUAGAUUAUUUUGACAAUAUUGAAAAUAAAGAAUUUCUUAUUUUUUUACUUCAAAAGGUUGAAAAGAAGAAUCCAUCUGAGUUUAGUCUCGUAGGUUUAAGUUUACUACUUUACAAUAUAUCAAAGUUAAAAAUUGUAGAAAAAUAUUAUUUAUUUAGUCUGUAUCAAGAUCAUAUAUUAAAAUUAAAAAACCAUUUAAAUGCUAUACAAAUAAUAAAUAUUUUAAAUGCAUAUAAUACUACAAAUUAUUUAACUUUCCCAAUGUUAAUCCAACUAUUAGAUUCAUUAAUUUGUGAAAAUAAUUUUUUUAAAAAAAUUUCUUUACACCAUCUUAUCAGGUUAAUACAAACAUCUUUUCUCUUUUUAUCAAAACAUGGACAAAAUUUAUGGAUGUUAGAAAUGGAAAACCAUAUUCAUGACAAACAAAAUGGUACUAACAAUGAAUAUCAAACGGAUUAUAAAAUAGUUAUACAAAUGAACAUUCUCUUGAUUAAUUCUAUUUUUAAUGCCUUACCUUUUUGUAAAAAAAAAGAAGACAUUAUAUUAUUAUGUUCAACGAUGAGUACACACAAAGAUUUAGUAAUGAACUGCUUUGACAUUAAAAAGGAGGAAAAUCAACCUUGUUUAAUCAUAGAUAAUGUAAACGAACUAUUUAAAAUAAUGAAAACAAACUUGACAAAUUUUAUAGAUACAUGCAAUAAUAUAGAAUUGUCUAUCAUAUUUUAUUGUUAUUCAAUUUAUAAAAUAAAUGAUAUAAAUUUAUUUCAAUGUAUAAAAUUACGAGUUUUAAGAAUAUUCUCUACAUUCGAUGAAAAAACAUUUUCUUAUAUUUUUAAAGCUUUUAAAAAUUUGAAAAUAACAGAUUAUGUUUUCGAAUAUUCUUGUUUAAAUAAAAUAACACAAUUUAAUCAGUUUAAUUCUAUAAAUAAUUUAUCGAGAAUUUUAUCAGCCUAUAUAAUGAUAAGUCCUGAAAAGCAUACACCACAAAUUGCUAACAUAUUUUUUAAAUCCUUUAAACAAAUUCUAAUUCACCAUUUUGAAAAAAAACAAACUCCAUCAAUCGGAUCAGACAAUUCUCUUAACAGUGAAGAAGUAAGCCAAAUUGAAAACGGACAAGAAUGUAAUAACCAUUUUAUGGAUAUGGCAUCUGUUGUUGUUAAAUUAUUUUCAAGAGUUACACACUUAGAUAUACCAAACUUUAUAAUAUUUAUUUUAAAUAAUUUUUAUAUAUAUACAAAAAAUAUGGCAAUAAAUAAUAUGAUCAUAGUUUUAGAUUCACUUGCUAUUCUUUCAUCGAAAAUAAAAAUAAAAGAAGAUAAAGUAUAUUGGAAAAAUUAUUAUUGUAUGAUAAAUUAUUAUGUAAAUAAAAUUCUAGAAAAUAAUCAACUUUAUAAAAAUAAAAAUUUAAUGAUAAACUUUUUAAGUGCUACUGGAAAAAUCUAUCAUUCUUAUAUUCGAGCUGAUUUAGAUAAUUAUUUCAUUUUUAAUGAAAAUAAUAAUAAACCAAAUUUAUAUUCCCAAAACAUUUAUUUCAAACAAUUUUCAAUAGACAAACAAGAUAAUAACGAACUUGUGUUUAAAAAUUUUUUUUUUUUUAAAAACAUGUUAGACAAGUUGCUACCACAUUUAAAGGGUCAUAUAAAAAAUAUGACUAUCGGUGAAAUAACUGUACUUAUGGAAUGUUUGAAAAAGGAAAAUUAUUCUGAGGAAGCUACUUAUAUAAUUUUAAAAGAUGAGAAUAAAAAUAUUUUUAAUGAUUUAGUAAAAAGGUGUAUUACUAUUUUUACAAGUUAUGAAGAGUCAGAAAGAAUGGAAGCCAAAUAUUAUAUGAAUUAUAAAAAUAAAAAAAAUGGAAUAAUUAUUUUAAAAAAUUUAAUAUUAUUACAAAUAUAUAAUAAUAAAUUAGUUGAUUUAAUUGUUAAAAAUUAUAUACUUCAAUAUAAUUAUUUAUCAUCUAUUAAUUUAUUAUCACAAAGUAUAUAUUAUAUGUGUGUAUAUAAUUUAUGGACAGAAUAUUUUGUAAAAAAAAAAAAAAUUUUUUUAUUAAAAAUUUUAAUGCAAAAAAUUUAUGAACUGUUCAUAAAUAAUAAUAUUUUAAUUCACGAUUUUUCAAAUUCGAAUAUACACAUUUCUUUAAAUCAAAUUAAAAAGUUUUCCGAAGAUAUUUCAUUUGUUAAUUCAGUUAAAUAUUUACAGGAAGCCACAUUAAUUAUGUUACUAACUAUGACAACAUCACGUGAAAACAACAUAAUAUGCCAUCAAGAAAAUAUUGACAUAAAUAAUAGCGAACUUUUUUUACAUGAUAUAAAUUUUUUACGGCUAUAUUUAGCUGUUUUUAAUAUGGCUGAUUAUAUUAUGGAAAAAAAUACAAACCAUAAACCUGAGUUAUCUUCCAUAACUAUACAAAUACAAAAUAUUUUUCAAAAUUUAAAUAUUAAGAUCGAGAAUAUUACUUUAUUCCAUUUUUAUAAUAUAAUUAAAUUAUCUUUUUAG